AUGACGAGCACCAUCGGAAUCCCCAUCAAGCUUCUCAACGAGGCCACGGGCCACGUUGUCACUCUCGAGCUCACCACUGGCCAGGUCUACCGCGGCAAGCUACUUGAAGCUGAGGACAACAUGAACGUUCAGCUGAAGGACAUCACGGUCACCGCUCGUGACGGCCGUGUCUCCCACCUCGACCAGGUCUACAUCCGCGGCUCGCACGUUCGCUACUUCAUCGUCCCCGACAUGCUCCGAAACGCCCCGAUGUUCCGUUCUCGUGGAACCCGUGGUCGCGGUGUCGGUCUUGCCCGUGGCAGGGCUACCGUCAACAGGGCCCGCGGUGCUCGCGGCGGUCGCUGA